UAAUUAUAAAGUGGCUGUGUCCGCUGCCAGCCUCCGGACCUCGAGGCAAGCGCUCAGAGCCCCGCAGCCCAGCGACACCGAGGACCGCGACGAGUGGCGUCUGGGACCCGCGCCUCCAGGAGCCUGCUCCGUCCGAACAGUGGCAGCCCCAUGGCGCGAUUCCUGAGACUUUGCACCUGGCUGCUGGCGCUUGGGUCCUGCCUCCUGGCCACAGUGCAGGCAGAUUGCAGCCAGGACUGCGCCAAGUGCAGCUACCGCCUAGUACGCCCCGGAGACAUCAACUUCCUGGCUUGCACACUGGAAUGUGAAGGACAGCUGCCUUCUCUCAAAAUCUGGGAGACCUGCAAGGAUCUCCUGCAGGUGUUCAAGCCUGAGUUCCCUUGGGAUAGCAUCGACAUGUUCAAAGACAGCGGCAAACAGGAUGAGGGCCACUUGCUGGCCAAGAAGUACGGAGGCUUCAUGAAAAGGUAUGGGGGGUUCAUGAAGAAGAUGGAUGAGCUUUAUCCUGUGGAGCCAGAAGAAGAAGCCAAUGGAGGGGAGAUCCUUGCCAAGAGGUAUGGCGGCUUCAUGAAGAAGGAUGCAGAUGAGGGUGACACCCUGGCCAACUCCUCCGACCUGCUGAAAGAGCUCCUGGGAACAGGAGACAACCGUGCAAGGGAGAGCCACCACCAGGAGAGCACUGACAGGGAGGACGACAGUGUGAGCAAGAGGUACGGGGGCUUCAUGAGAGGCCUCAAAAGAAGCCCCCAGCUGGAAGACGAAGCAAAAGAGCUGCAGAAGCGCUAUGGGGGCUUCAUGAGGAGGGUGGGCCGCCCCGAGUGGUGGAUGGACUACCAGAAGAGAUAUGGGGGCUUCCUGAAGCGCUUUGCUGAGUCUCUGCCCUCCGACGAAGAAGGUGAAAGUUACUCUAAAGAAGUUCCUGAGAUAGAAAAAAGAUAUGGGGGAUUUAUGCGAUUUUAAAGCCCUUUCCCAACAGUGACCCCAGCCACCCACCGGCCCGCUCCAUCCCCAGUCAGCAACUGCCUUGUCGUGGUGUUUGUUGUCCUGUGAUGCUUGUGCUGUAGCGCCGCCGUGUGGUCCCGAUGAUAACUACACUGCCUGAUGUAGCGCCGCCGUGUGGUCCCGAUAACUACACUGCCUGAGAGCUGUGAUGUCAGGGGUCUGUGUUCUUUUGAGUCUUAAAGCUCAGUAUUGGCACGGUGCAGCUAUCUCCUUAUCAUGCCGUAAUAGUUUCUGUUACCUCAUCCCUCACUUUUGACAAAACGUCAAUAAAUGCUUACUUGUAUAUAAAUAUAAUAAAUUCACUACCCCAACUGCA